AUGUCAACUGCUAUCAAGCCCGCCUGGAAAAAGUGGCUGCAAUCAUCACUGCAAGAAAACAUUGCUAAAUUAGGCACAUCAGCAACGUAUGCCUCAAUUGCCACUGUAAAAAAGGACAACACGCCAGCUGUGAGAACCGUGGUGAUGAGAGGUUUCGUAGCCGAACAUCACACCGAAGAAACAGGCUGGGAAAGUGAUCUUCUCGUGAUAAUAACUGACAAGACAUCUGAUAAGGUUGAAGAAAUUAGAAAUAACCCACAUACUGAAAUUAACUGGUACAUGAAUGGCACCAUGGAGCAGUUUCGUAUAGGUGGAACCAUCGACAUUGUAGAAUCAAAUUUUGAUCAAAGCAAGCUAAACCAUUUGCACUCAAGUAUGGCUAUGCGUCAGUCCCUUCAAGAUAUGGACAGCCAUAAAAGCUUAGCUUUGCAGUCGUUUGCUAAACAACAACAGCAAGAACAGCGUCUCAACUGGCAAGCAGAAAGAUUACGUCAAUUUAUUCAGUUUGGAGCAUCCAUGAGGGCCAAUAUGGUGCAUAGUCAGCAAGUAAAAGAGCUCGAGAUUAAUGAAAUUGACCCCACUAGUGGUUGGUAUCAAAACAGUCAAGUGCAAGAUCUUUUGGACGAAGCUUAUGAGAAUUUUGUGCUACUUGUUGUAAAAGUUAGCUCUGUACGUCAUUGGUCUCCAUCAACAGGAACCAAAUCCAUGUUAUAA